AUGGAAGUACUCUCUUCAACAAGAACAAACUCCUCCUCGUUGAAUCCCAACGCUCCGAUGUUCGUUCCCCUAGCUUAUCGCACGGUGGAAGAUUUCUCCGACGACUGGUGGGCCCUAGUUCAAUCCUCUCCCUGGUUUCGCGACUACUGGCUCCGCGAACGCUUCCAAGAUCCACAAAACCAAAACGACGCGUUUUCCGAUUUUGAUAUGGAUGAAGACGAUCUUUUCCAUGUCCAUGAAAUUGAACACCAACACGAAGAUGGGAAAGAGUUGGUGUCGUUGGGAUCGUUGAAAUGGAGAGGAUCUGGUGGAUGGGCCGAAGCUCCGAAAUAUGCGGAGAAGGCUCCGAAGAAUUUUAAGCCCAGAGUGAGCCCACGGGCUAUUCAUCAGCCCAGGUAG